AUGGUAGAACUCCAGGAGGGUCGAAGUGAAUCAAUCUUCAUCGUCACCCUAGUGUUUCUAGUUAUAUCACUCAUUGCUGUCUCGCUGCGAUGUUUUGUCCGGUUACACCUAGUUAGAGCAUUUGGGUGGGAUGAUGCUUUGAUGGUGUUUGCAAUGAUACUAAAUAUCUUAUUCGCUUUAUGUGGUAUGAUAGGUUCUUUCUAUGGCUUGGGUCAGAAAUUCGAAGGUUUGACCCCAUCUCAUAUCGAAACUGCAUUGUUUUGGUGGUGGCUCGGACAAACAACCUAUGUUAUCACAUGCGUCGUUGCCAAAAUCUCCAUUGCUCUAGCACUCCUCCGUCUUACAGUUGCUAGAAUACACAAAAUCAUUCUUUGGGCUGUUGUCGUAGUAUCAACUAUCAUCGGACUUACUUUCUGGUUUAUGUUGACUCUCCAGUGCCAUCCCGUGGCGUACUUCUGGCACCGCUUCACAAUGAAGGGAACUUGUAUCAACACCGACUACGUCCUCGACAUAGCCUACAUUUACAGUGUAUUUGCUUGUAUCUGCGACUUGAUUUUGGGUCUCCUGCCUAUCUUACUGGUGUGGAAACUACACAUGAACUUCAGUACUAAAGCUGCGCUCGCUGGAAUUCUGAGCAUGGGAUGCGUUGCCAGCGCUGCUGUUAUCGUACGCAUUCCUUAUCUCCAUUACUACAAAGAUCCCGACUUCCUCUACGCGACAACCGACAUUUCUAUCUGGUCAAAUGUCGAAGCUGGUCUUGGAAUUACAGCGGGAAGUCUUGUCACGCUCCGUCCACUUUUUCGCUGGUUCCGCGGUACCGAUUACGCCCAUUCACAAAGCAAAGGCGGGAAGAGAACAACAGGGAGCAUGCCUCUCUCUAGCAUGAACGGCAUGAAUAGAAAUGGAACACACCUUCCUCAACAUGGUGAGGCAGCGAAUAGGUAUUGGAGACCUGAUCUAAGUAAUCAGGAUACUCAUGGGAUUACCACGAUGGUGCAGGCUUCCCGCGCAAGUCAAACAAGCAGCCAAGAGGGCUUGAAUCCCGAACAAGGGGCCCUUGACGGUGUAAAUAUCAAAUAUGCGUCGCUUCAUAACCCCCUCCCUACCCAACUGCAUACCUACGUUUGGCCAUUUCUGAUCAUUUGGCCGACUUUCUUUGCCUUCUAUCUCUCCCCCGAGCGCUAUGAUACCUACAUCCAAGGACAGGAAUGGACAUUUGUGUGGUCUGGAUCUAUCAUCACGGUUCAGUCGCUCCUUUGGUUGAUGACAAAAUGGAACAUCAAUAUUGAAACGCUGUUUACUGCAACCAAGGGCAAAUCCCCUGACUCUGCUCAGCUCAUUAAGGUGAUUCCGGAGGCCAACUCCGGUUCCGCCGAGAUCUGCCGUUUGCUUCGGGACACCCUGGGUGGAAAGACAACGAUUUCGUUCUUGUUCCAGAAACGCCGAUUUAUCUACUACCCUGAGCAGAAAUGCUUUGCACCCCUGUCCUACGUCCUUGACGAUGAGCCGAAGCCCGCCCUCAAGACAUUCCAACAAAGCCAGGGGUUGACCUCCAAGGCUGAGGUUGAACGUAUCCAACAUCAUUACGGCGACAACAUGUUCGAUAUUCCCGUUCCCACUUUUGUCGAGUUGUGGAAAGAGCAUGCUGUCGCGCCCUUCUUUGUCUUCCAGAUUUUCUGCGUUGGACUGUGGAUGUUGGAUGAGUACUGGUACUAUUCACUUUUUACGCUCUUUAUGCUUGUUGCGUUCGAAAGUACUGUUGUGUGGCAGCGCCAGAGAACCCUAAACGAGUUCCGUGGUAUGAAUAUCAAACCUUACGAUGUGUGGGUUUAUCGCGAAUGCAAGUGGCAGGAAAUUACCAGUGACAAAUUGCUCCCUGGUGACUUGAUGUCAGUCAAUCGAACCAAGGAAGAUGGCGGCGUUGCGUGUGAUAUUCUCCUUAUUGAGGGCAGUGCUAUUGUCAACGAGGCCAUGCUUUCCGGAGAAAGUACGCCACUUUUGAAGGAGUCAGUUCAGCUCAGACCUGGAGAUGACCGUAUUGAACCGGAUGCAUUGGACAAGAACGCUUUUGUGCAUGGAGGAACCAAGGUCUUGCAGAUAACCCACCCCAACACCAACAUAGAUGAUUCAGAGACCGCUCAGAAGAAGGCAUCUAAGGUAGGCACCCCUCCUGACAACGGAGCCCUAGGUGUCGUGGUAAAGACUGGUUUUGAGACCAGUCAGGGCAGCCUUGUCCGCACUAUGAUUUACUCCACAGAACGUGUCUCUGCGAACAAUGCAGAGGCUCUGCUUUUCAUAUUGUUCCUUCUCGUCUUCGCUCUUGCUGCUUCCUGGUACGUUUGGCAAGAAGGCGUUGCCCAGGAUCGCAAGAGGUCAAAGCUGCUGCUGGACUGCGUCCUCAUCAUUACCAGUGUUGUUCCUCCCGAACUUCCAAUGGAACUUAGCCUUGCUGUCAACACCAGCCUGGCUGCUUUGAGCAAAUUCGCCAUCUUCUGUACUGAGCCUUUCCGUAUCCCGUUCGCUGGACGCGUUGAUGUUGCGUGUUUCGACAAGACCGGUACACUGACUGGCGAGGAUCUGGUUGUUGAUGGUGUUGCGGGCCUUUCUCUUGGUCACGAAGGUGCCAUGGUUGACAAGGAUGGCGCACACACAGAACUUAGCAAUGGUCCCAGCAUCGGAGCUGACACAACACUCGUUCUCGCUAGUGCUCAUGCCUUGGUCAAAUUGGAUGAAGGUGAGGUCGUCGGAGACCCAAUGGAAAAGGCAACUCUUCAAUGGCUUGGUUGGAGCCUGGGUAGGAACGAUAUCCUCACAUGCAAGGGCGCAUCCGCGGCAGGUUCUCGCGUUGCCGAGUCUGUUCAAGUCAAAAGACGUUUCCAGUUUUCUUCUGCUUUGAAACGCCAGAGCACUAUCGCCACUGUUAUCACCAACGACCGCAAGACUUCGAAGAAGGUCAAGUCCACCUUUGUUGGCGUUAAGGGUGCCCCCGAAACGAUCCGUACCAUGCUCGUUAAUACCCCACCACACUAUGAGGAAACUUUCAAGUACUUCACCCGCAAUGGUGCUCGUGUGCUUGCUCUCGCUUACAAAUACCUCUCCACGGAGGCUGAACUCUCACAAGGACGCAUCAAUAACUACGCCAGGGAGGAUAUUGAGUCUGAGCUAAUCUUUGCUGGUUUCCUCGUCUUACAAUGCCCAUUGAAGGAUGAUGCUGUCAAGGCCGUCCGCAUGCUCAAUGAGAGCAGCCACCGCGUGGUCAUGAUCACUGGAGAUAAUCCCCUUACUGCUGUUCAUGUUGCUCGUCAAGUUGAAAUUGUGGACCGCGAAGUUCUGAUUCUUGACGCACCUGAAAAUGACACCUCAGGAACCAGAGUUGUGUGGCGAAGCAUCGACGACAAGCUUAACAUCGAUGUUGACCCCACCAAGCCUCUGGAUUCGGAAAUCUUGAAAACGAAGGAUAUUUGUAUUACCGGCUAUGCUCUAGCUAAGUUCAAGGGACAAAAGGCUCUUCCUGACCUGCUCCGCCACACUUGGGUAUAUGCUCGUGUGUCUCCCAAACAGAAGGAGGACAUUCUUCUCGGUCUCAAGGAUGCUGGCUACACUACCCUGAUGUGCGGUGAUGGUACCAAUGAUGUCGGUGCUUUGAAGCAGGCUCAUGUUGGUGUUGCACUUCUUAAUGGAUCUCAGGAGGAUUUGACUAGGAUUGCCGAGCACUACCGGACAACCAAGAUGAAGGAGAUCUACGAGAAACAAGUGUCUAUGAUGCAGCGUUUCAAUCAACCUUCUCCGCCUGUUCCCGCUCAAAUCGCUCAUCUUUACCCCCCUGGUCCUAGUAACCCCCACUACCAGAAGGCUAUCGAAAGAGAAGCACUCAAGCGCGGUGCGCAGAAUGCACAGAACCCGGCAGAGGAAAUCCCCACCAUCACCUCCCCGGGUGCACAGGCCCUACAACAAGCUAACUCCAACAUGCCUCCCCAACACCAGCGCCAACAACAGGCCUCUGUGGCAGCAGCCGGUUUGGCUGACAAACUGACCGCGACUAUGAUGGAGCAGGAGCUUGAUGAUAGUGAGCCUCCAACUAUCAAACUGGGAGACGCAUCCGUUGCCGCACCAUUUACUAGCAAGCUGGCCAAUGUUAUCGCCAUUCCCAACAUCCUUCGUCAAGGUCGUUGCACUCUCGUCGCAACGAUUCAGAUGUACAAGAUUCUUGCUUUGAACUGCUUGAUCAGUGCCUACAGUUUGAGUGUUAUCUACCUCGAUGGAAUUAAGUUUGGCGACGGCCAGGUGACUAUCAGUGGCAUGCUGAUGAGCAUCUGCUUCUUGUCUAUCUCACGUGCGAAGUCUGUCGAAGGCUUGUCCAAGGAACGUCCCCAGCCAAACAUUUUCAACGUCUACAUCAUUGGCUCUGUGCUUGGACAGUUUGCCAUCCACAUUGCGACUCUGAUCUACCUGUCUAGCUACGUCUACUCCAUUGAACCGAGACAAUCUGAUAUCGACCUAGAGGGCGAAUUUGAGCCAUCUCUUCUCAACAGCGCCAUUUAUCUCCUCCAGCUUAUUCAGCAAAUCUCGACGUUCUCCAUUAACUACCAGGGCCGUCCCUUCAGAGAAUCUAUCCGCGAGAACAAGGCUAUGUACUGGGGUCUAGUUGCCGCCUCUGGUGUUGCCUUCUCCUGCGCGACAGAGUUCAUUCCAGAAUUGAACGAGAAACUGCGCCUUGUUCCUUUCAGCAACGAGUUUAAGAUGACUCUUACUAUCCUAAUGGCCCUCGACUACGCAGGCUGCUGGGCAAUUGAAAACGUGCUGAAGAGUUUCUUCAGCGAUUUCCGGCCAAAGGACAUUGCUGUGCGCCGUCCAGACCAGCUUCAGCGGGAGAUGGAACGCAAGAAGAAGGAGGAGCUUGAAACUGCUGCGGCGAAGUAA